GUGCUGAGCGCAUCAGACAUCAGUAUGUGAUCUAUCAGCGAAUCGAUUCCAACUGGAGUGGAGCAAAGCUCAAAACUGGUGCGAUUAGAAGAGAACUCUAAAUGUGCGAGCGGAAGUGUUGGCUGUAAUUGAAAUUACAGUCAAGCUGCUCGAUUGCACGGAAAAUGAGCAGGACCGAUGGGACUGUGUUGCCAAGCAGCUCUGUAGUGGCGGGCUUUGGAUAGUGCAUGUGCUGCCUGUAUCGCUUGAUGCUCAAAAAGACGGUCUCACAAAGACUGGUUCACUCAUUGAUACACGGGACUUUCUUCUGCCUUUGACUUCGGCUUAAUCGCUUGUUCAGCCCAACCCAAGGGAACUAUUUCAUUUCAACUCAUGCAAUUUUAAACAAUCGGACGCAUUUUAAAGGAAAGAGGAUACCAAAUAAUACGCUGUUCUGGAUUUCAUGUGGACUAGAAUGUUACUCUGGAUCGUGUUGUGAUACGCGUUCAAAAUGGAUCUUUAAACAGAAAUGAAUAUUUACCUCACUUUGGACAUUUAAUAGCGCAUUGGAAAUAUAAUCUGCGGACACUGGUUUGACGGAACGUUCAAUAUAUUUUUUAUAUGUGUCGUCAAAUUUGAUUAGGGUAUUUUUUGGCGUUAAGGGUAUUCUUUUGAUCAAAUCCGUACUUUGCGGUGCUUUAGAAAAAAAGUCGCAUAAAAAUACGUUUUUUGGACUUAAUCCUAAGGACAGAACUAUCUUUUUCUGUUAAUUCAGUUUUUGCUAAUCUGUUACUACUACUACUAUUAUUAUUAUUGUUAUUAUUGUUAAUAUUAUUAUUAUUAUAAUAUUUUAUGUAUUUUUAAAAUCAAUGCAAUACAUAUGGAACAAAUUUUUAACUUAGACCGUUAUUAACUAGACCGCUUCUGAAGUGCAUUUCAUCUUACAUUUUAUGUUCAUUUAUAAUGGACUUCUAAUAUAAAUUUUCUUAACAAUUAAUUAUUAAUUACUGUGGUUUUCUACACAAUCAUUAUUUUCAUUGAUAGCAAUAUUACAUAAUUUGAUUUUUUCCAUGUUUUAUAUUACUUGAGUUUGCCAAAGAAAGAGAGAGGAAAAAUAAAAAAAAUAAAAAAAAAAAUAAACGGCAGACACUGCUGUGUGGAGCCAGUCGAGCUGGCUGUCAUGCAGGAUUGAUCGUGGGAAGUAUGUUUGGGCUGGAACAGUUUGGUCCACAGAUUAAUAACAGAAAUUCUGGCCACACUGAGAAAAACUUUAACCAGCCAAGAGUGAGCAUGAGCUCCCAUUACAAGAGCCCAGGUUUUCAUGCUGGAGGCCCUCAAGGGACAGUUGAGCCUGGAAUGGGCCCACUUAACGAGCCUCCUGUGAUUGAGAUGAACAUGAAUGGAGGAGAACAGUAUGGUGGAUUUCAGCGAGGACACUCAGAAUUGCAUGCAGGAAAUCUCCAGCAGCAACAGCAGGCCUCAAUGCAUGGAUAUUUUAAUGCUCAUCCUCAUAAUCACCCCCAUGGCCAUCAAGCACAAUCACAUCAACACCAUCAACACUUUGGGGGAAAUUUUGGGGGACCUGAACCUGGGUCCUCCUGCUUACAUGGUGGUAGGAUGAUAGGAUACACCAGUGGUAUGGGAUUCACAGAGGGCUUUGACCCUCUCUCUGAGGGACAGCCAGCAGAUGGCUUCUCUCAGCAGCAGUCCCAGCAGCAGCAAAGACCAGGCUCCAUGACUGAUUUUCAGCACCAUGGACCCUCCAGUGGAAAUCACCCUGUCCCUGCCCCAUGUCUCCCCUUGGACCAAUCACCUAAUCGUGCUGCUUCCUUCCAUGGCCUUGCUUCAUCAUCCUCCUCAUCAGAAAAUCACAAUCUGGAGCCCAGGCGAAUGCCCCCACCAGGUGGUGUUGAAGGUCUGGACUACAACUAUUCUAAUGAGCCCUCCUCUGGAAAUUUUGAAGUGUCUGUGUUCUCCCCUUCUGACUCAGACCCUCAACUUUCCCAUUUUGGGCGGCAGGUGCCAGCGCCCAGUUUUUCUGGAAACCCUGGCUUGUCUCGUGCUCCUGGAAUGCAGAGCAUUGCUAAAGGACACCCCCAUGCCCCCCCUCAGCAGCAGCCCUCCACCCAGCACAGUGUGUUCUUUGAACGUUUUGGGGGUGGACGCAAAAUACCAGUGGGGAUAGAGCCCAGUGCCAGGCAUCCUCACAUGCAGCAGCAGCCCGGCUUGAUUGGCCGACAGAACACUUGCCCUGCAUCUCUCCCAAGACCCCCACAAUUAGAGACAGGUUCCGGCAAUACCAGUAUGCAGGAGGGCGGCGUCAUAAUGCCUGGCCAGCAUAAUCAGUUUGAAUACCCUAUUCACAGACCAGAGAACAGAGGGAUGCAUAGCUAUGGUGACCCCAUGUUCAAUAUGCAGCAGCAGCCUCCCCCUCCUCAGCAGCCUUCCAAUCAAAGGCUGCAACACUUUGAUUCUCCUUAUUUAAAUAUAGCUAAGAGGCCCAGAUUUGAUUUCCCCAAUACCACACACAGUGGGGAGGGCUGUGGCAAUUGGAAUGGUAGCAUGCAUAACCCACCUGGUAUGGAGAAUCACCUCUCUCCAUCAGCUUACCCUGGUCUGCCUGGAGAGUUCACCCCCCCUGUGACUGAUAGCUUUACACCAGGCCCAUCACUGCAGCAUGCAGGGCCUGAGCAGCAGUCAAUGCAGCAGCAGCAAAACGCAGCAUUGAUGAUCAAGCAAAUAGCCUCACGGAGUCAGCAGCAGAGGAUGAGACAACCCAAUCUGCAGCAGCUGGGUCACCACAGUGAUGUUCCUCAAGGGCCCCUGGGACAUGGCGGCCCUGUGGGAGGCAUGCCCCAAUCCAGUUUGGAAAGAGAGAGUGGUGGGAGGAUGAUGAACUUUGAUGGACGGAACCUGCACAUGACUUUGGAGAGUGGGUGGUUUCCUGGGUCACAUCCACCCGGGGAAAUGCUGGGCCAUCGCAUGGGUCCAGGUGGAGAGGUGGGGGCUCAUGAUAUGCAGCAAAAUGGUCCUGGCAUAAUGUUUAGACAUGGUGUGAAUGGAAUGGGCUUGCAGGACUCUAUGAGGAUACCGGGUGAGGGGCAUGUGCAGCCGUUACAUUCACCUAACAUCCACUCGCAGUUCAACAGUGGCAUGGGGAACCUCUCACAGAUGCAGUCACCCAGCACAGGUGUGGGAUUACCCAGUACACCAUCAGAAAGGCGCCCCAAUGACUUUUCUGGGCCACCGAUGGGUGGUCCGCCCUCUUUUUCCUAUGGAAGCUCUAAUCGACAGGGAGCCCCUCAUAACAACUCACAAGGGGUGAGCACCUCACCAGGGAGCUUUACAUCACAGUCAGACUUUCCCACUAGCCAGCGUUCAUCAGUCAGCAAACUUGGGGGACUCUCCUUAGGGAAUUUUAGCAAAACGAGUGGUAAGGACAAUGUUUUUGGACAGAGCUGCCUGGCAGCCCUCUCUACUGCCUGUCAGAACAUGAUUGCCAGCCUGGGGGCUCCUAACCUCAAUGUGACAUUCAACAAGAAGACUCAGGGAGAGGGGCAACGAAAGCUGAGUCAGACAGAGCAAGAAAUUAAUAAUGGCUCAGUUAAUGGCGCUGGUAAUGCUGGAACCGAAUACUUUCCAAGCAUUUCUGCCCCCCAAAGUGGGCAGAUGCCUGGUGCUGGAAAUAGCAACCCUAAACCAGCAGGUCAAAAUCAGAUGGUUCAGGGGGAAGCCAGCACCCUCUCCCCAAAUUACAAUAUGGACGCUACACCUUGCAGUGAGGGGAAAGCAGCAACAGGGAGUGGGAGAGGGAGAGGGAGGAGAAAAAGAGACAGUGGCCAUGUGAGUCCUGGCAUUUUUUUCCCCUCUGACAACAAUAACCCUGUUGUAAGUCCUGGCCAGCAGGUGGCCCCAGCAGCUGGUGUCAGGGAGAAAAGUACAGGCACACCUCAAGACAAGCCCCACAACUCUCCCUCAUGGGGGAAGGGGGGUGACCUGAUACUGGGAGAUCAGGCUGACCUUAUGUCAUCUCUUGACAGUGGCGUCCAGAGUGUAUCAAAGUCUGAUGGCUGUUCACCUCGCAUGGACUUUACUGAGGACAUUGGCACACAUUACUGCAAUGAGGAUGAGGUGUCAUCAAGCUCAGACGCUCCAGCCUCUGUGAAGGCUGGCCGCAGCCCUCUGUUAGGCUCGCCCAAGUUGCAAAGGGACAAUGGACUAAUAGGUGGACAGAAAGGGCAGGGCAUGGGCCUUUCCAAUCACACUACCUCAACUUCGGAUGGCUUUGGUGUAGUAGGCCAUCCGGGCACACCGGGCAUAGAGCAAGUCCGCACACCCUCCAGCACAUCUGGCCAGGAUGAAAUUCACCCUCUAGAGAUACUGCAGGCUCAGAUCCAGCUUCAGCGACAGCAAUUCAGCAUUUCAGAGGACCAGCCUUUAGCUGUAAAAAAUAACAAAAAAGGUAGUGACUGCAGUGGGCAGAGUGGAGAUGGAGAGCUUGCUAGCUGUAGCCCAGAUGCUGGGAAGAGUUCCGUGGGCACAAUUGACCUGGACACACUCAUGGCUGAGCAGCAUGCCACCUGGUAUGUGCCCAGUGACAAGUCUCUGCUUGAGGAUUCAGAGGAGGAGAAGUCUGUGGCUGUGUGGGAAAAAAACAAGGUGCAGGGAACCAUCAAAGAAGAUGUGGAUCUCUCUCAAAGCAAGACCACGGGUGGAGCAGGUUCCUCGGGGACCACCGGAGGUACGGGUUCUCAUCUCCAAUGCCUCUCCGUCCACUGCACAGAUGAACUUGGGGAAUCUAAGGGACGCAGUGGUCCUGUCCCAUCCUGGCGUUCCCUUCACUCAGACAUUUCGAACCGUUUCGGAACGUUCGUAGCUGCAUUGACUUGAAGAAGCAGAGCUUGAGAAAUCUACCAGUAUGAGGAUAAUGAAACAAGACUUAUCAUUUUUUAUAUGGAGACAGAAUAAAUCAGUGUUUCUUUGUCAGGAAAAUUGUUCUCUUUUUGUAGAAAACACACACACAAAAAAUUCACACUGAACAUACUGUAGGAUGGUAUAUGAAGUUUGGGAGGUUUAAGAUUAAUUGAUGGUGUACCAGUACUGAUGCUGUUUUUCAAUCCAUACCUCAAUAUUCCUUUAUAUCUCUAUGCACAAUGUGAUGGCUAUUCUGUUAAUUCAUUUUCGAGUAUUCUAUGCUUCACUCCUACCUUUACCGUCUUAAUUUCUUCUCUGGGGAGUCUCAUUCCUUCUAUGUUAGAAAUAAUUGUUCCUGCUACUUAUAAAAUGCCCCCAUUACUGUAUAAGCUCUAAUGUCUUUUCCUGACCCUAGUCCAUAUGGUAGACCUCCUCAACCUCGGGGAAGGUAAUUCUGUUGUCAUUGAGAGAUACUACAGUGCUUUGAAAUUUGGUCUUUGUAAGCAUGUUGCCUGCUGGCUUCUUUGGAACCAAGAAAAGGGGGGCCAGUCCUUUUAGAUGAUGUUUCAGAGAGAUUCAGUGAUGGCCGUAUCUUUUCAAGCCUUCUUAAAAUGGUCCAACACCUCCCCCAGUAUACCCAUGCCACUUCACCACACUGAUACUCUGGUAUGAUCUGUCCAUUUCAUUCAUUACUUGUAUAUCAGGUUUACAGCAUUUUCCAUGUCUCGCUUUGGAUCAAAAUGCCCAUAGGAUUGUUUCUUGAACACCCAGGAUGCUUCAACACUGGUAUGACACACAGCUAAGAGAGGAAACCUUUUGAUGUUAAAUGGAUAACAAAUAGAAAACAGAAUAAUGGUAUUGCACAUGUAAAAUAUAAUUUUUUUGCUGUGUAUUAGGCAAUCUUGUACUCUUUAGAAAAAUGCUUCAGUUGACCUUGAAAACCUGAAAACAAUGUUAGAUGGAAGGUCAUUAUGGCAACUUGGAGAUUUGUAGAGGUCAUUGUUUUCUUUUCUUUUUUUUUCUUUGUUUCUUUUCAAUUUUUAAGGUAAUAUGUAAAGUGCAGUUGUCUGUUUUCCUGCAUAUUGUAUAUAUAUGUAUAUGUUUUAAUGAGUAACUAAAUAACAAUAAAUAUGAUGUUAAUGGUGAUGGUAUAGUUUAAAGAGUUUUGUUUGUAGAAGCUUAUUACUUUUACUGUCAUAAGAAAAUAAUACAUUUAUAGUCAUAUAAGGCAUUUUGCACAACAUAUGUUUGUAUUGAUAUUUAUAUGCCAAUUCCUAAUUCUCCAUACUAAAGUGGCAAUUGUCCGUAGAUAACAUCAAAUUAUUUUAGUAAGUGGUAUUUUAUUUUAAUGUUCUCUUUGUUAAAUGUUUAUAAAAGGCGUUCAUAAUUGACUAAUAAGUCAUUAAAAAAUGCAUUAGAAAUUAUUUAUAUGCCGUUAUAGCAAGAUGCAUAAAAAAGACAACUUAAAUCCAA